AACAGGAGCCUGAUUUUCACAUGAUCCUAUAGCUGAGGGCAAAACUAUAGAACAACGGAGCCGUUCAUUGAACCGCGCAUCCACUGUUAACAUUAUCUGCGUUUGGCAGUCAAUACUGCCUUGUAUUUUCUAUAAGAUUUGCACCUCUGACAUUUUAACUUAGCUACGUAAACCGCGAGUAAAUGCAUCGUCCCCUGACGGAUGCUGCGGCAGCAUGAGUACAUUUCAUUUGACUGGUUAGAUAACGUUAAGAUGUAGCCUACGAAGGUGCAGUCUAUUAGCUAGCAUUUUUAUUGAUUUUUUUAAACAAUUAGCUAGAAAUUUCUUAAACGAACUAGCUAGUUAGUUAACUAACUACCUUAGUUGAAUCAGACUGACCUUUGAGUGUGCUUCUCUCAACCAGAAUGGUGUGAAUUUGGGGGUUCGAAAGAAACUUCCUCAUUUGCUCUAUGGAGCUCUUCUCUUCUAGGGCGGUUUCCAAGGAGGCCGGAGCAUCGCCGCCAUCUUCCAGGAGCAGAGGGACAAGUUUACGAAUAUGCUUCUGCAGCACCGCGGCAUCAGCAACCGUUUGUACGGCAGUAGACACCUCCAUGGUGCCGGAGCUAUCGUCGCCCCCGCCACCGUCCGACAUUUUCCGAAAUAACGACCAACAGUCGGUCGUAGACUGAACAAAGAAACGUCUGGUCAAACCACAUCAACUGGUAACGUGUCAAUGCGGCGGUACAUUCGCUACCCUUCAGAUGUAUUCAUGCAGUGCAUGCUGGUAUUUGUAGUACCAGAUUGACGAAUUUGAAGCUUAAAGUCGAUGGAAAUGUCCCAUAAAACUACUACGCUACCCACAAUGCAAUUCAGACCGGUCUCAACUUUUGUCUGAAGGGGGGGGAAAUGGGAGUUGGCUGAUAAACUCAUAUUGUUUUACUGCCUGAAAACUAAUAGUAACCUAAACUACAUUAUUGCCAAACCUUUGUGGUAUAUUUGGAACAAGAAACAAUCCGAUUUUCGCGAAAAUUCAUAUGUCCCUGUUAUAAAACAAUCUUUGAGCAAAUGCGGGUUCAGAAAGAGCAUUUACAAGGUAAUUGUACCACUAGGGGGCGGUAUUGCUAUUCAAUAAUGUGUCAGUCACGGUAAAACAUUUCAAUUAAACUCUUUUAGACAUGUUUAUAUUUAUCUAGGCCCCUACUAAAUCAAAUGUCCUUUCUCUUACUUUCUAUUAAUAUAUUUUGAUGUGAAUAAACUGAAAUCCCUGUCGUUUUAUGGCAUAUUACAAAUUUAGUACGGACUAGCUUGAUAUUAUAGCCUAUCACAGUCUGUCUGACACCCCUAUUGAGUUGGCACAAGGUCGUUAAGGAUUAUGACAGUGCAGUAACCAUAGGCAGUGACGGUAAAUGAAGUGGAGAGCUGUGUGGAUGGAUUUUAAAGUCACAUGACCGAAGUCAACGACUCAAACCUCUAUGGACGAAAACAGAGGUGUGGGCUACUUUUGUCACACGGAGGGAUCAGAGGCAUUGAGGGAGCGAACGGAGUUUUCAGAAGGACGGGGGGCUCCGACUCCUCGCCUAAAAAUGCCGAAUAAAGGGAAAAAAUAUAAGGAAUCUUCCAAGCCUGUGAAAGCAAGCAAACCUGGAUGCAAAAAUGGACAUUCCAACUCUGACCAUGAGGGUUCCAAUAAGAAGAGCGCGCAUCCGCCUAACACCCAGCUGCUGAGGGUGAAACCUGGCUCAAACUCAGCAGUCAAGAGGGAGCGGAGGCUGAGUGCGUCUGUCUUCCCCAUCAGCACCAAUAGGAAGCUGCAGACGCUGCCUGCUAUUAAAGACUGUGCUCCGGCAGAGCAGGAGAAGCUGUUUGUGCAGAAGCUGCGCCAGUGCUGCGUGCUCUUUGACUUCCUGUCGGACCCACUAAGUGACCUGAAAUGGAAGGAGGUGAAGCGGGCGGCGCUGAGCGAGAUGGUGGAGUACAUCACGCACAACCGGAAUGUCAUCACAGAGCCCAUCUACCCAGAGGUGGUGCACGUGUUUGCGGUGAACAUGUUCCGAACGUUGCCUCCGUCGUCCAACCCCACAGGAGCAGAGUUCGACCCCGAGGAGGACGAGCCUACACUUGAGGCUGCAUGGCCACAUCUCCAGCUCGUCUACGAAUUUUUCCUUCGGUUUUUAGAAUCUCCUGACUUUCAACCGAACAUAGCGAAGAAGUACAUCGACCAGAAGUUUGUGAUGCAGCUUUUAGACCUGUUUGACAGUGAAGACCCACGGGAGAGGGACUUCCUCAAAACAACUCUCCACAGGAUAUAUGGGAAGUUCCUGGGACUACGGGCCUACAUCAGAAAACACAUCAAUAAUAUAUUUUAUAGGUUUAUCUAUGAGACUGAGCACCAUAAUGGAAUAGCAGAAUUACUGGAGAUACUUGGAAGUAUAAUCAAUGGGUUUGCCUUACCACUAAAAGAGGAGCACAAGAUAUUCCUUUUAAAGGUCCUGUUGCCUUUGCACAAAGUCAAAUCACUUAGUGUCUACCAUCCGCAGUUGGCAUACUGUGUGGUGCAGUUUCUAGAGAAGGACAGCACUCUCACUGAACCAGUGGUCAUGGCCCUUCUGAAAUACUGGCCCAAGACUCACUCCCCCAAAGAGGUGAUGUUCCUUAACGAGCUGGAGGAGAUUCUAGACGUCAUCGAGCCAUCCGAGUUCGUCAAGGUCAUGGAGCCACUGUUCAGGCAGCUGGCCAAGUGUGUGUCCAGCCCACACUUCCAGGUAGCAGAGAGAGCUCUGUACUACUGGAACAACGAGUACAUCAUGAGUCUGAUCAGCGACAACGCAGCCAAGAUCCUGCCCAUCAUGUUCCCGGCGCUCUACCGCAACUCCAAGACCCACUGGAACAAGACCAUCCAUGGCCUCAUCUACAACGCUCUCAAGCUCUUCAUGGAGAUGAACCAGAAGUUGUUUGAUGACUGCACACAGCAGUUCAGAGCAGAGAAAAACAAAGAGAAGGCCAAGUCAAAAGACCGGGAAGAGGCUUGGAUAAAGAUUGAGAACCUUGCCAAAUCCAACCCACAGGUAGUCUUCUAGGGUGGAUGUUGAACAGUCCUAGCAUAAGUUACGAACGAGAGACCAGAGGAAAGACCGGCCUAUGAUGCGGCGUAAGUCUGAUCUCCCUCAGGACAUCUACACCGCAAAAGCCUUGGAGACCCGUCGCCGAGCCGACGUCAUGAUCACUACCCGCGAUGGGCUCUAGGUCUGCCCCUCUCUCUCUAGUUUCCAGUCCCAUCUUCUCUCUUUCCUCUAGUGUCCAGUCCCCUCUUCUCUCCACCCUCAUCCAAACCGCACAUUCAGAUUACUGGCCCAGUUUCCUCAUCGUCGCCAGUACACAACCCCCCCCCGGAUUUCUGCUUUCUCAGGUGUUUCUUUUUGGGAGGGGUGGGGCCGCAACUUUCCUUUUUAGUCUAGCCGUCAAUUUUUUUUUUGCUUAAUCGUGCAUAACAGUAUCGGCUCAUCCCUCCAGGCUCUUACUGUACAAAUGAAAAUGGGGGAAGUUCCGUUUCACUAGCAACAUGACAAGCUCCUAUGUUCCCCCAUUGAGCGCAGUUGAUAGAGAGCAGAAACAGAAUGGGGGAGGCUCCUCUCGUUUCCUCAUGUCAGUUUCUGUUAAGGGGAAACAAAACUAAGAACAGCCAUUGUUGGAUGGUGGGUGGUGAUUGGAUCGACUUUUCGGAAGUUUUGUUUCUUCUUUUCCUUUUCUUUUUUUUUUGUAAUCCCAGGGACAUUUGCCAGUGCCAAGACUGUUUGUUCUUUCUGUGUCUGUUUUUCUGUGUGAGAGAAACCAGGAUGACUAUCUAGGUAGACAGCCUGCGUCGUUUGCCUUCGUUGUUUUGGAGACUCAGAUGAUUCAAAUGUUGUUGUUUUUUUAAUAAGCUGAAGAGCAACAGGAAUUUCUGAAGUGACUGAUCCAUCUGUUCUGAUGAAGUCCCUUUAUGACUAGGAUGGAGGGCAGGACGGGAGGUUCUCUGUGGACACUGGACUCUUUACACCCUACACUUUGUGCCAUGCACAUUCUUUCGUUGGAUUGAUUUCCUUUCUGUUGAAGUCCAUUGGCAAUAUGUGAGCCAGAUCACAAUGAAAUAUUGACAGUUCAAACAAUGGUACUUAUUUCAUACGCAGAAACACAUUGGGUGGUUGUUAGUCUGCACCCAGUUUGUCAUAUUCAAAAGCCCUUCUUAGACAUGUCAGUGUCCUUAAUUCAUACAUAAUGCAUGUCCCCAGUUCUUACUGCUAUUGGGGAAGCUUCAUUUAAAUCUCAAUGGCCAGCUAGGAAGUGUUUGGUUUGACACAGUCCAUCAAGACACAUGUAGCCACACACACUGUAAUGCUACGUUAUGCAGAACAUUCCACAAACGUUCCAACUGAAAUGACAUUAUGACACUUUACCUGGGGGUGUCAGUUUGAGGAAGGCGAGGUGCAGAAUUACUCAUCUCGAUCACAUAAUCCGUUAUGUGGGAUGUAGGGUGAUGUUGUAGAACUGUGAUUCUGCACAGACUGACUGUAAUGAAGUCCUUCUCAAAAGCACACCUUGUCCUCAGAUGCAGGCUUUUCAGAAGCCCUGGCGCUGCUUGCUAGUCAAGCAUGUUCCAGAAGUACACAUGGUAUCACAUGCCCUGAAGCCCCCCCCCCCACAGCGGUCUCACGUUUCUCCAUGUUGGUUUUUACCAGUGCCCUCCUACCCACAGAUGCUUUGCUGUGGAGCUGAAAGGACUGUUACUUGUCUUGUUGUGAAGUACUUAACAAAUGGGGAUCAGAGAGCUGUUUAUGGGAUGGCGGAAUGCUACACGAUGAGAACAGCAACACUGUUUGGAUGACAACCGUUUCAUGUGACAGUUGAAUGAGCAUUGGAAGAGGGGAUUUCAAACCUGAAUACCUCUUUGGAUGGUAUCUGUAACCGUUAAGAAUAAGUCUAUUGAAAAUGCACUUCCUGAAACUUGAAAGAUGUGACAUGUUUUUGUAUCUUCAAUGAAGCGCUCUUCAGUGUCCCGUUGAGUCUAUAUGUACAGUCUGCUCUGCUUUCUCAAGUUCAGGAAGCUGUCCAUUUCCUGGACUGGACAAGAAAACAACCCAUAAGUAAGCAUUUCAGUGUUAGUCCACGCCUGUUGUUUACGAAGCAUGUGACGAAUACAAUUUAAUUUGAUUGGGGCCCCAUUGUAAAUGUUAGUCUUUCUCUGGUACCAUUGUUUGAACUUGCAAAUCUAGUACAUGUAUCCAAUCUGUAUUGUCUUUUCUGUUUCUAGUCUCUGGCAACUGGUAGCCUGGAUGCUCAUUUUAGCAUUGUAGCUGCCAAUGGAAAGGGCCAAUGUUGAAAGACUGGCAUCCAGGCUUGGCUUGGUAACUCCAUUAUUAAUACUUAAAUGCAAAAAGGUGUUCAUUUAACUACCAUGUAUCUUUUGUCCUGGACGAAUGGCACUUGCCGAAACAAUUUGACCCCCCCCCCCCAAAAAAACCCAAAUCUUCACUUUUAUAUAACAGUAUCAUUUGGAAAGAUGUUUGAUCAGUUUGCUUUUUAUGUGUUCAAACUGUUUUUUUAUUUUAUUUUUAAGACACAUCAAUUACUCGUAUGACAAGUUAGACAACAAAUGUUUUGGGUUGUUUUCUGGAAUUGUUUGCUUGGCCUCUGCAGGUUUUUAGUUAGAACAUGUACUUUCCAGAAUAUAAUAACUUGACAAGUGUCCUUUUUGUCUGUGAUCUGUACUAUGUGGCUUCAUUUAAUAUUGUACAUAUGAUUUACUUUGUUUUAUGUAGUGUUAUAUCUAGAUUAAUUUUGUAUAAAAUUGUCCUCUGUACAGAAUAAAACAUCAAUAGCAAUGACAAAGAAGUCAAUGUGGCACAUAACUUCUCUCUCCCCUGUAACUUUCUGCAUUAUUAGAAAUAACACAUCUAAUAUUUUCUUUAAUUCCCAAUUAUCUGUGACCAGAUUUCAGUCUGUAGCCUUUUGUGUGCUUUUAUCACAAUCUCAAGUGGUGUUCAUCUGUAAUAGAAUGAAUAAUGAGAAUAUUUGAAUUUUAUAUUUUCAACCAUA